AUGUGCAGCACCGGGAACCCCUGUACUGAAUGCGCUGCCCAUAAUCGUGAGUGCGUCUACGACGAGGCUGCCGACAGGCGUCGCAAGGCCUUUACCAAAUUCACGCAGGAGCAGCUGCAAUAUUACCGUGGAUUUUUGGAACGUCUUCUUGAUUCGAUACGGUAUGGUGAUCGUGAUCGUCUCGACGAUAUGAUCAACGUCAUCCGUAGUGGUGCCUCGAUGGACGAGAUAGCCGCAAUGGUCGACCAGAUCCUUGGCGAGACAAACAAGGCCGACGUGAUGGACGAAGACAUGGGAGAAGAGGCGGAAGAAGGCAGUGAAGCAAUGUCUGGCCUCGUGGAAGGUUUGACAUUAGACCCCAACAAGUGA